AUGGCUCUUAAUAUGAGGAGGGGCUCGAUGGCUGAGGGAGGAGGCGUGCCAGGAGUGGACAGCGGAAGAGGAGCGGCUCCCCUGAUGCGAUUGCACAAUGUGGCUACUGUGGACGACUUGUUCAGGAAUUAUCCUAUCACGACGGCUCGGUCGGUGUUGUCAUCAACGCGCUUGCAAGCGGCGGAGAAGCGAGAGGAGUUGCGGCAAGUUACUGCUGAGCACUAUAGGGAUCUUAUCACGUGCACUGAGAAUGUGAAAAUGAUGCAUUUUGGUAUUAGUCGGCUUAUGGAGAAUAUGGCCCGAAUUGCUGGUGAGAGUCGUGAAUUGGCCAUUACUCGUGAUGUGGAACCACCGAGUUGGGAGGAUGUGGAAGAGAAACCCGUAGAAGUGACUCCAGAGCUUGAGCUCGGUAGGCAGCUGAAGAGGCUGUUGGCUAUGAUGGAGGAGGUGUGGAGGAAGAUGGAGGAUAGAGACUUUGCUGGAGCGGCUCGGUAUUACCUGGUGGACUUACCACAGCUACGUGAGCAGAUAGCCUCUCUGAGAGCUCAGUGUCCUGACACUAAGUUGCCGGUUGAAGCUUUACUACAGCAGCAGGAUAAGGCCGGGAGGGAUGUGCCCGAAACGAUAGUGCUAACGUGCAAACAAGCGUUGGGCUCGCUGGAAUUAACGGCAGCUGAGAUGAGGGAAUGUGUUGCAGUCCUGAUGCUCAUGGACAAGAGCGAUGGAGAGUUCACUGAAGAAGCGAUGGAUCGGCUGAGGCUUCGAGCAGUUGUUUUAGUGGUGAUGAUUCAGCACUGGUGUCGUUCGCAUGUCGGCCUGAUGAUGGGGGUCAAGUUCAACUAG